AACUAAGCGAUUUACCUACGUCAUAGUCAUUAUGUCAAGUAAAUCUUAAACUUGGACUUUAUGUAAUAUACUACAUUCACAUGCGUAUAUUAACUUUGGUUACGUAUAUUUUUGUAUGGAUAGGAAAGAUCUAACAUGGAACAUUUAACAUGGCAUCUCAUUUCAAGUAUAACAAGUAUACGUACUCACAUACCCACGGUGGAGAACGGCAUUACUGCGUGCAAUGCAACCACUAAAAUUAGCUACGCUGGGAUGCUAAUUGAUUGACCAACCCACUAAAAUCAGCCCCUGAAGCCCCUAAAGCGACUGACGUACUUCCAUCCUUUUUUUUCUCCUUCCCCUUCCUUUCUUGGCUCUCUCUACCUUGUCUUGCCUCGUCUCGCACAAACAAACACCUUUUUUUCGUCCCCUUUGGGAAAUGCUCCCUUCGUCUAACAAUACACGCAUGACGAGCAAGUCCGAGCCCGAGCCCGAGCCCCGUCGCACUUGUUUUUUUUGUAGUUGUUGUAGUCGCACGACGCUUGCGUGCCGAGGUCCUCGCCAAUCGAUGCCCGAGCCGCCAUCUUGAAUAUAUCAAUUCCCGCCCAAUCAUCGAAUGCUACCCUCCUUGAUCCACCCCUAAAAGCAAAUGCUGCGCCUGCCCGCGGUCUUCCGCCUGCCCUCCAAGCUACGGCGGCGGGCCCGGCGCCGGAGGAUGACUACCCUGGUCUCCCUGAUCGUCAUCCUAAGCCUGUUUCUGCUGCCCUUCUACGUCGUCUAUAAGCCUCCGCGGGCCCUGAUCCGGUACUUCGCGCGGCGAUGGCCCGACGUGCUGUGGGAGGUUCCCACGGACCAGAAAGUUGUGGCCCUGACCAUCGAUGACGCCCCGUCGGAGCACACGCAGGAAAUCCUCGCCGUGCUCAACGGCCACGAGGCCACGGCUACCUUCUUCGUUAUCGGCGGCCAGGUGCCCGGCCGCGAGGAGACGUUGGCGGACAUCGUGCGCAGCGGCAGCGAGCUAGGCAACCACGAUAUGCACGACGAGCCGUCGCGCGCGCUGUCGGACGAGGAGUUAACGACGCAGAUCGAGACGGUGCGCGAGCGUAUCCGGGCUGCGUACGCGACGGCUAAUAGCGUCGAGAACCCCAAGAUGCCGCCUCAGUACUUCCGGCCCGGAUCGGGCUUCUUCAGCGACCGCAUGCGCGCACUGGUCGACAAGCUCGGGUAUCGCAUCGUGCUUGGCAGCGUGUACCCGCACGAUGCGCAGAUAAGCUGGUCCUGGCUCAACGCGCGCCAUAUCCUGAGCAUGGUACGCCCCGGUGCUGUGAUCGUGUGCCAUGAUCGCCGUGGCUGGACGGCGCCUAUGCUGCGGAAGGUGUUAAAGAAGCUGAAGAAAGACGGGUACCGCGUUGUUAGCCUAACGGAGAUGCUCGAAAUAACGGGGCAACGCUGAGCUUCUCGCAAUGAAAACGAUAUUAACAGCACAACUAGUGAAUCGUCGUUGGCGGCGAGUGUAUACCAUUAUAGACGUGGGAGGAAAGGGCAAAGUCCUAUGAUUACUCUCCGUCUACAUCCAACAGAGCUUGCCUCAUCUCAAAAUGGCACUCUGGCAUUUCGCCGCGCUACUCGGCGCCAUAUCCUAAAAUAGAAUAGAAGCUACCUGAGGUUAGGGUAGACAAGACCGCCUGACAUUUUCUAUACAUUAAUGGUAGUGGUGUACGAGCCGACGUACAGGGCGUGUCUACAUUACAUACAAAACUACAUACAGGAAGAAAGGCCGACCCAAGUGUGUAUACUCAUAGGAGGCGUCGUAUAUAAACAUAUACCUAAUUAUUAUUCACGAACUAGACGCUCCACGAAGAGCUGGUGCCAGGAUUAAGACUUAUUGGUCUGGCUUAGAAGGAAUAGGGUAUUACUUGGAGCUUGUAGAAUAGGGAAUAGGGUAUGAAUAACGAAGAGUUAGGUUGUUAUUAUAGUGAGCUCUGAGGCUUGGAAUAGAUAUAUUACCUUUG